UUCUGUCCUACCGGCGAUUAUUCAAAUGUAAAUAAAAUCUCUCGGGAUCGAGAAUCGCAGCGAUUUCAAUAGUCAAUCGAUCACUUUUCGCGUACGUUUCGGCAUGAGAUUUCGAUUUUGAAUAAUAAUAGAACCUUUCUUACCCCAUUCGGCCAAUGGACCGCCAACACUCUGUAAUCCUCAGUCCUUCCAAGAUAUCCAAUCGUAACUCACACAAAACCCUUAAAAAAAUAUAAAAUAUAAAAGUGAAACGUUCUGUCUAAUAAAAAAAUUUGAUAAAAAAUGACUCGUGAAAGUAAUGAAUUAAUUAGUGAUAAGGGACAGACACCUGCGGGAGGUGUUCGUUAUGUUACUAGUGAAAAAACAUUUGUUGAAUUAAAAAAAAUUGCCGGACCGCUGGGUCUAUUGACAGCUUUAAUGGUCUAUACUGCUCUUGGUGGUCUGAUCUUCCAACAGUUGGAACUACCCUCGGAAAUUUUCAACUCAGCGAGAGUGAAAGUUGAUCUUACGAUCAAGAGGACUAGAUUAGUCGAACAGAUUUUAAGUGACAAGGACUCGAUUAAUCUCGAGCAUUUGAUUAAAUCCGAAUUACGGUCUUACGAAGGCGCCAUACGAAGAGCAGCUCAGGAAGGUUUUCUGAUCAGUUCCAUCACUGAUAUUGGAUCCCCUGAAGAUUUGCAGGAUGAAGACGUCAGGGAGGUGUCGUCUGUGGUAACAGAACGGUGGAGUAUCCUUCAGGCGAUUUUCUUCGCCAGUACUGUGCUGACAACAAUUGGAUAUGGGAAUGUCGUCCCUUCAACCGAGUGGGGUCGAGUCUUCUGCAUCUUCUACGCUUUUAUCGGGAUCCCAUUGACCUUGACCGCCAUUGCUGCCUGGGGUAAACUCUUCGCCGAAGCAGUGAACAACAUUGCUGACAAAUUGGGAAGGAAAUUACCGGCUUUCCUGACCCGUUUGAUCCCCAGUAACAACACGGGUCGCAGGUCCUUAGGGGCACUCGCUGCGAUCGUUCUUCUCUUUGUUUAUUUAUCCUGCGGGGCAGCGAUGUUCGUGAUAUGGGAAGACGACUGGAAUUUUUUCGACGGUUUCUACUUCUGGUUCGUUACAAUGACGACAAUCGGCUUCGGAGAUCUGGUACCAAAAAAACCCAAGUACAUGCUCCUGUGCUCUCUGUACAUACUCGUGGGCUUAGCUCUCACAGGAACUAUAAUUGAACUCGUCAGAAUGCAAUACAACCAAUCGUGGCAGCGUCUCCAAGCAUUGCGAGGACCCCUGGUGGAGGCACUGAAAAAAUUGGGGGAACAAGCUGGUGGAGAUGUGUCUGCAUUACAACUGGAUUUGAAAAAAAUAUUGGCUGUUGCAUCGCUGCCAAAAUUCAGAAGACCUAAUGACAGCGAAAGGGCACAUGCGGAGUGGGAAGAAGCUGUUCAGGCGGUCCUCAAGGAAAUUGAAGCAUCGACUUCUCAGAAUGAAAAUAAAAAAAUCGUGCGAAUUAUCAUUUAUGAAUCCAGUGUAUGAAAUUACGUGAAAAUGAC